AUGGUGUUCGAGAGUCUGGUGGCGAACCUAUUGAACAAGUAUUUGUCACAAUUCGUGGACGAGUUGACGGCCAAACAGCUGAAUCUCUUCGCAUGGAGUGGACAGAUAUCGUUGGACAACAUCGCCGUCAAACCAAACGCCUUCGACUCCCUAUCGCUUCCUGAUCCCUUUAAUCACUUGUUGAUUGUCUCUCGAUGUGUGUGUUUAGAGGCCACGUAUGAUGACAUCAACGAAGAGCUGAUCCAAUGGAAUGACAAACAAAAACAAUUGGAGAAAAUAGAAGACGCGAAACAGAGAUCCAAAGAGACGAGCACCGACUCUAAGAAGAAGACUGACGAUAGUUUUGGCACUAAACUUGUGGAACAAAUCAUAAAGAAUUUGCAAGUCUUCAUCACAAACGUCCACAUCUGCUAUGAGGACAGUAUCUCAUGGCCUAAGAAUCCCUUUCAAAAUUUGCAAGUCUUCAUCACAAACGUCCACAUCUGCUAUGAGGACAGUAUCUCAUGGCCUAAGAAUCCCUUUCAAGUGGGACUCACUUUACAUAAACUCGUAUUUGAGACACAAGACAACGCUUCCACUAAUGAUGGAAACGAAAACAUUUUCUACAAAUUGGUUACUCUGGAGGGUCUGUCCUUCUAUUGGAACUGUCACAUGGAUAAGGCUAACUUCUUGUCCAAAAUGGAUGACAAAAGUAUUGAUGUGAAACUUGAGGAGCGGAUCGCCACCCGUCACAACACACCUGAAUUGCAAUACGUUUUGUAUCCAAUAAACUUCACAUCCAAUGCAGUGAUCAAUCGUAAACCAGAAGACGAUGACUACAGUAUACCAGUUCUGGACAUUGAAAUGGAUUUGGAUAUGUUUGAGCUGCGGAUGACUCGACUCCAGUUUGAAUCACUUCUGCUUCUAUUGGAUGCCAUCGAUCGCAUGAAUUUAGGCAAACCUUAUCGCAAGUGGAGGCCAUACCUACCCAUCAAAGGGAACGCGAAGAAUUGGUGGCGCUUUGCCUUCAAUGCCGUUGUGGAGAGCGACGUGAAGAGGCGCUCAAAGAAUUGGUGUUGGAUUAAUAUCUACGAACACAGGCUUAAGAUGAAGAAAUACCAGGAGCUGUAUAAACAAAAACUGUUGUCCACUAACGCUAACGAUUCGCUGAUCGUAGAGAUCGAAAAGCUUGAGAAGGAUUUGAAUUUAUUCACAAUAGUGUUGGCCAGAAGUCAGGCCGAAGUGGAGACUCAGCAGAUACUGAAGAAUCGAAAGGAUGACAAUAAGAAGAAGGGAUGGUUCACCGGAUGGUUCUCUAAGAGUAAGGAUGUUGUCGAAGACAAUAUUGUCGACGAUUUUAAGAAAGAGAUGACACCUAAAGAGAAGCAACGGCUAUACGAAGCGAUCGGUUACGAAGAAGAUCUUCCCGCAGAGUUGCCCAAAGAGUUUAUCGCACAUAAGAUUAAGUUUAUUAUUGGAAAACUGUUCCUUACGAUCAGCGAAGGCGACGAAAAAUUGAGUCAAUUAUCGCUUUUAAAAGUUUGCCUAAACGCCACUCACAGACCGACGUCACAGUGUUUGGCGUUUACUUCUUCGGUUCAGUCCCUCUAUAUCUCAGGCGUCGGAGGAAUUCCUUUACUCGAAGAACAGUCGACCAAAGAAGUGCUUUCAUUGGAGUUUGAUAUGAAUCCAUUGGACGGCCAAUACGACUACGGCGUUAUUAUGCGAAUGUCUGGCUUUAAACUGAUUUACGACGCAAAUACCAUUAACACACUCAUCGAAAUGCUGUCUCCGCCUAAAGACAUAUCGCUGGAAGAGUUGCAAACAAUCGCUUCCUUUAAAUUUCAGAGCUGGACUCAAAGGACUGCCAUUGGGUUGGAAAAAGGCUGA